AGUUAAAACACACCUCAUGGCAGGUGCAGUGUUCUGGAUGACCAGCAGGGGGCGCGUCGUCUGACGCAGAGAACGUCAGCUGUCGGUAAUUCCACCGUAGAAGAAGAAAAGUCACCCGUUAGGUGAGUUCCCGUGACUGACUUCCACAUCUGUCGGUGGUGACCCCGGAGAGCCUCAAACUGGACUUUAAUCUCUCACUCAGGCCACACUUCGUUCACUCCCGGAACCGUUGGGAGRUCACGCGCGGCCCGGCUCCACAUGGAUGUUCUGAGCAGGUCCAGUUAGCAGGAAGCUAACGGCCGCCGCUCCGCUGAAGAAAAACCGAGUCUUGAGUUCCUUCAGGCGGGUUCAGGAGCGAGAGCAGCCCCGACCCAGGAUGGAGAAAAUGAAGGAACGGUUCCGUUCUCUCCAAGACCCGAACCUCGUUGCCCGCUUUCAGCACCUGUGCGGGGUUCGGGGGACGGGCGGUUCGAAGGCAGCGAGCCGGGCUCACCUGCACAACAACGGGGCGUCUCAUCAUCCGGUCACCGGGGACGCUGGAGGCGAGAGUUCGGCUGGUCUCGGAACCGGAGAGGGACAACAUGUCCAGACAGCAGCGCCCGGGUUCCGGAGGAGGAUCCAGGACCUGAAACUGGACCUCUGUGGUAAUGGAUCCGCAGGAGGAGAACCUGCCGGGUCAGAGGACAGCUCAGACCCGGGGUCCUCCCGGUCCAGCACGGUGAAACCCCUCCGUAAAAACUCUCUAACGGGGGACGUGGGACAGGAGUUCGUCAUCCAGAACCGGUUCUUGUAUUACCUGUUCACGUUCGGAACCGAACUGGGCAACGAGUUCUUCUACAUCACCUUCUUCCCCUUCGUCAUGUGGAACCUGGACGCCUUCAUCAGCAGGAGGCUCAUCAUGGUCUGGGUCUGGGUCAUGUACCUGGGUCAGUGUACCAAGGAUGUGGUCAGGUGGUCCCGCCCCGCCUCUCCACCUGUGGUCAAGGUGGAGGUGUUCUACAACUCUGAGUACAGCAUGCCGUCCACACACGCCAUGUCCGGAACCGCCAUCCCCUUCUCCCUGUUCUACAUGACCUACGACCGCUGGGAGGAUGUGAUCGCUGGCUUCCUGUACAGCAUCCUGAUCCUGGUCUUGUUUCUGCCGGUCCUGGACCUGAUCGARGGCUUCAACCGGACCUGCAGUUACGCUCCUCUGCUCAUCAUCUCCCUCCACCUGGGCCUGGGCCUCUUCUCCUUCACCCUGGACACCUGGAGUACGUCCCGGGGCGACACGGCUCAGAUCCUGGGCACCGGUGCCGGCGUGGCCCUGGCCUCCCACGUCAACUACCGCCUGGGCCUGUUGCCGGACCCCGGACCUGACCAGCUGCCCCUGGCCCUGCCCGUCCUCAGCGCUGGCACGGUGGGCCUGGCUGUGCUGCGCCUGGUCCUGGGAGUGCUGGUCCUGGUGGGCUCCAGGGGGCUGAUGAAGGCCCUGACCAUCCCUGUGGUGUGCCGGGUGUUGGGGGUCCCGUCUUCAGACGUGAGGAGGGCCCGGCAGCACAUGGAGGUGGAGCUSCCCUACCGGUACAUCGUGUACGGGACGGUGGGCUUCAACGUGCUCUUCCUGGUCCCCCUGCUCUUCUCCUUCCUGCAGCUCUCCUGAUCAUGGUCUGCAGGGUCCCAUCAGGACCUGCUGGGUGACCCGAGGGUCCAGGGGUCACCUCAGAACCUCUGCUCGGUCCAGGAACCUGAAAAACUUUUUCUUGUUUUUUUUCCCUGCAGAAAUAUGUGGAUCAGGAUCCAGACCUGGUUCUGAUUUUUCUUCAAGAUCAAGUUAGUUUGAAAGGACUGAUGGAUCAGGAUCAGACCAGAGGAGGUCUGAAGACAGGUCUUGAGCWGUUCUCACGUCCACCUGUAGUCAAAUCAAAUCUGCUUUAUUCUUUAUACUUUAAACAAAUAAAACUGGACCUCUGGUCUCUGGUGGUCCCCCAGUCUCCUCUGGACCAGUGGUCCCCUGGUCUCUGAUGGACCUCUGGUCUCUGAUGGACCUCUGGUCUUUGGUGGACCAGUGGUC